GGCGGUGUUUUAGUGAGUGUUUUUGAGCAGGCGGUGUUUGUAGGCGCCUCCACGCUGAGGUCUUUCCGGGGCCUUCCGGCGCGUGUCGCGGAAUGUCGCGCGUGAAACUGCGCCACUUUUCAAACAUCCGCGCUGCUGAAAUGUGACUGUUUUUUAUGGGAUUUUUUUUUAUUUUGUUAUUGAAAUAAAAUGUUUUCUUUUAAUCAGAACUGCUGGUUUAUACGGAAGGUGGUGAGAUGGAGAGGUGUAGCCAGCAUCAUGUGGUCAGUGCUGCUGCUUCCUCCCAUCAUCUCUCUACUCAUCUUCCUCAUCAGGUUUAGUGUGUUUCACCCCACAAACUGGAUCUCAGGGUAUUUGGGUUUGCUCACAGAAGUGAGUACGUUGUUCUCCGUGUUCCUGCUCUGUGCAGCCGUUAUUUUCCUCGCCUUCUUCAACCUUCAGUAUUACACAGUGGUUCCCUCCAUCCCGUGUUCUCGAGUGGCUCUCCUGGCUGAAGUUCUCCACCUUCGCCAGUGUAUUCACUCUCUGGUGCACUGUGCAGUUGGGAUGUUGAUCAUGUGGUGUGUGUGUGUCAUGUCCGGCGGCCGCUAUCGCACACUCCAGUCACCGUGUGCACGCAGCGAGAGUGACGGUGUUGACGUGUGUCUGAACGAGUAUCACAUGUUCAUGCUGCUGGCCGGAGCGUUUAUGGGAUACUCUUACAGUUUAAUGGGCGUCGUCCAAAACGUCCACUACGUGUCCUUUCAGAUUAUACAGCAAUACAAGUACAUGCGGUUUAAAGGCUCUGCGUGGGGGCUCCUGAAGUGCAGUGCUGUUCAGUCUUUAUAUUUCGUCAGGAACUACGUCAUCCUCUACUUCCUGUUGGGACACGUCCCCAGAACAUGGAUCUCCAACAUCCUGAACCUGCGUGUAGACAGUUCUGUCCACUCUCUGGACUCGUUUGGAGGAUUGUGUGAUGUUUCUUUGGUCUAUCAGCUGUGGAUCAGUGGAACAUUUCUGCUGCUCACCUGGAACCUCAACGUGCUUCUCUUCAGGAUCUACGUCACUGAGCCGUACAGGUUUUUGGUGCAGUCGUCUUUUGCUGAGGAUGCAGAAGAAUGUCUUCCUAAAGUCCUGACUGAAAAGAACUCCCUGGUCCUGAAGUUCCUGGCACUGCAGGACUUGGCGUUACUUUCCCAGAAUUCUCCUUCACGCAGACAGGAAGUCUUCAGCCUCAGUCAGCCGGGUGGUCACCCUCAUAACUGGAACGCUAUCAGUAAGGAGUGUGUGUCGAUGCUAAACGAAUUAACGCAGCGGCUCAUCGCUCAUCACGACACUGUGGCGUCUAACGGCAGAGCCAAACCUCCGUCUGAGAGAAGUGACUCUGGAUCUGGGUCCUCAUCCAGCUCGGCUGAUGGCGGUGGAGUUUUCGGCACAGUGAUGUCUGGGGCAGAGGAGGUUCUUCAGACUCCUCACCGCAAUGAUCUGAUCCGGACUCCCGGCUCGGUGUUCGGUUCCGCAGUGAGGACCGUGAACUCGCCCAUGACCGCCCCCUUCACCCCCGACCUCCCCGUCUCCUUCUCCAGCCCCGCCCUCAGACCCCUGUUCAGCCCUCACGUGGGCCAGAGACCCUGGUUGGGCUCAGUCCAGAGUCCUCACGUGACCCGGAGGAACCCAAAACUGUGGAGCACGUCCCCCGACUCUCGGACCAAUGGGAGCUCACCGCCGUCUCCUGGUCCCGCCCCCCAACCUGCAGGUGAACCCAAACCCAGCUUUCUGUCCCAGUGGAUCCAGAACAGGAAGGAGCAGGUUAAAGGUUUCUUCGCAAAACGUGUGCUGGUUGUGUAUUUGUUUAAUAAGCUGCCUGAAGCAUCGAGUCAGGCCCUGUUUGCUGACAGCCAGGCGCACAUCUGGGCUCUGGAAGGAUUGUCUCAUCUGGUUUCCGUGUCGUUCUCUGAGGAUAAGUACGGAGUAGUGCAGACUACGUUACCCAGCAUUCUCUGCUGCAUGCUCUCUCUGCAGGAGGCUGUGGAUCGUCACUUCAAGCUCCCUCACGCCUCCAGCAAACCACCAAAGACCUGGAGCAGUGUGGGCGACUCCACGUAUAAAACCCUGCGCUUUGCUCUGAGAGCAUCGCUGAAGACCUCCAUCUACAGAAUCACCUCCACCUUCAGAGAGCACUUACAUGCCGUCAGCGUUCCAGCGGAGCAUCAGAAGAGACUUCAGCAGUUCCUGGAGUAUAAGGAGUAGAUGUUCCUGCACUCACUGCUCCAGUUUUCACUUCGAACCUCCAGCUCACUGGAGAAACUUGGACACCAGAAGGUCCUGUUUCCUUGGGCAAACAAGGUUUUUUUUUUGUUGUUUGUGAAAGUGGGCGUGGUCACGGUGUGGAUAACGACCAGGUCCAGUGUUGUUCAUCCUCCUACUGAACCCAUGACUGCACACCUGAAGAUGGUGAUGGUGGUGGAUGAAGAUCAGCUUGAUUGAACUUUGGGUUGUUGUUGUUUUUUGGGGAAAAAAGUACAUCCACUUUUCUACUUGUCUUCUCCAGAUGUUCUCUCCUUUUUUGCGGCCUUUUAAAGGAAUAAUGCUGAUAAGAAAAUUAAAUAAAAUUGUACACGUCCACCACA